AUGCAUUGCAGUAUAUCAUCAGCUGUAUCAAAACGUGAUCAUCGUACUGCUACAAAUGAUAUAAUUCAAAAUUUUCUUUUGAUUUGGCUUGACACAAAAAUCGAUGAAUCCAGCGACGAUUAUCUCAAGUCUAUCAAACAACUACGACAAACAUUGAAUACUAUUGAAAUAUUUCGUGAUACAGAUGAAUGUAUCGAUUAUAUUUCAGAACUUCAAAAUGAAACGUCGUUUCUCAUUAUUUCCGGUGCUUUGUGUCGAACAGUUGUGCCACUCAUUCAUAACAUGGUACAAUUAUGUUCAAUUUAUGUUUUUUGUCGGAAAGAAGAACAGGAUAAAGAAUGGACUAAAGACUGGCCCAAGGUGAAAGGCACUUUCACUAAUAGUACUUCAAUUUGUGACUCAGUUCAACAAUGGGCUCGACAAUGUGACAAAGAUUCAAUUGCAAUUAGUGCUGUAUCGUCAUUAAAUCAAAUAGAACCGUCAUUUAUGUAUACACAACUUUUCAAAGAAAUUAUACUUGAAAUCGAUUUCGAUGAAAACAAAGCAAUCAAGGAUUUAGUCGAGUAUGCCCGCGAUAAGUAUACCGGAAAUGACCAACACUUGAAACUUAUCGAUGAAUUCGUUCGGGACUAUAAAGGUAAUAUGGAUGGAAAGAACAAGCCCAUUUGGUGGUACACUCGAAACUGUUUCACAUAUCAGAUGCUCAACAAAGCACUGCGCACUCUGCACGUCGAGACUCUGCUCAAAAUGGGUAUCUACAUUCGAGAUCUUCAUCAAAACAUCAAGAAACUUCAUUCAGAGCAAUCUAAUGAAACCCAUGAUGCUUCAACAACAUUAACAGUCUACCGGGGUCAAGUCAUGAUCAAGGAAGAUUUUGAAAAUAAAAUCAAACAAGGUGGACUCAUUUCGUUCAAUAAUUUCUUAUCAACAAGUGACGAUCGAAAGGUAGCCCUUCGGUUUAUCCCGAAAGGAUCUCAGUCCACUGACGACAAUACAAUUCGUGUUCUCUUUGAAAUGGCUAUUAAUCGAUCGAUUUCAUCGGCUCCGUUCGCUCGUAUCGACAAAUUUAGUUAUUUCAAGACAGAAAAAGAAAUUCUUUUUUCAAUGCACAGCGUUUUCCGUGUCCAGCAAGUGACAGAAAUUGAAGAUAGCGGAAUCAGAUUGUGCCAAGUUAAACUUACACUUACCACUGAAAAUGAUGACGAACAGCUCAAUGCUCUUACCCGACGAAUGCGAGAGGAGGUCGGUGGAACAGGAUGGGGACCAAUGUGUUCAUUGUUAUGGAAAUUGGGUGAGAAUGAAACGGCAGAAAAACUGUGCAGAAUGUUACUCGAACAGGCAUCUGAUGAGACCGCUAGAGCCGCCGGUUACCAUAAUCUCGGACUGUUCAAAAGUGACCAAGGAAAAUACAAUGAGGCCGUUCAGUUUUACCAAAAAGCACUGGUUCUCGAAGAAAAAACUCUCCUUCCAAAUCAUCCCGACUUGGCUUAUUCCUAUAACAACAUCGGUAAUGUGUAUGAUAAGAUGGGCGAGUACUCGAAAGCACUUUCAUCGUAUGAACGAUCACUUGAAAUCCGUAAAAUAGCUCUCCCUCCAAAUCAUCCCGACUUGGCUAUGUCCUACGGCAACAUCGGUAAUGUGUAUGAUGAGAUGGGCGAGUACUCGAAAGCACUUUCAUCAUAUGAACGAUCACUUGAAAUCCGAAAAAUAGCUCUCCCUCCAAAUCAUCCCGACUUGGCUUCUUCCUACGGCAACAUCGGUAUAGUGUAUAAAAACAUGGGCGAGUACUCGAAAGCACUUUCAUCGUAUGAACGAUCACUUGAAAUCCAGAAAAUAGCUCUCCCUCAGAAUCAUCCCGACUUGGCUUCUUCCUACAACAACAUCGGUUCCGUGUAUAAUAACAUGGACGAGUACUCGAAAGCACUUUCAUCGUAUGAACGAUCACUUGAAAUCCAGAAAAUAGCUCUCCCUCAGAAUCAUCCGGACUUGGCUUCUUCCUACAACAACAUCGGUUCCGUGUAUAAUAACAUGGGCGAGUACUCGAAAGCACUUUCAUGGUAUGAGCGAUCACUUGAAAUCCAGAAAAUAGCUCUCCCUCCAAAUCAUCCCAACUUGGCUAUAUCCUACGGCAACAUCGGUUCGGUGUAUGGUAAAAAGGGCGAGUACUCGAAAGCACUUUCAUCGUAUGAACGAUCACUUGAAAUCAAGAAAAUAGCUCUCCCUCCAAAUCAUCCCGACUUGGCUUCUUCCUACAACAACAUCGGUUCCGUGUAUAAUAACAUGGGCGAGUACUCGAAAGCACUUUCAUGGUAUGAGCGAUCACUUGAAAUCCGUAAAAUAGCUCUCCCUCCAAAUCAUCCCGACUUGGCCACUUCCUACAAUGUUACUAUUUUCUUCUUUACUUCGCCUUCUUCUUAUUAUCUUUUUACAAGAAACAAUCCUCCUCUUUAA